AUGUACUGCAGACCGAAAAGGAGCAUUCUAAUAGCUAUUGUUUUGAACAAGCAAUUGAUCGUUUCUUGCCUAUCGAAAAUCUCCUUGCGUACAGCGAGUACUACUACCGCAGAUGGAACUUUAAAACCUGACAAACAAACGCAUCAUGAAUCUCCAAAUCAGCAAGUCAAUACAGGAAUACUUCUGUUAAACAUGGGCGGACCCGAAACAACAGAUGAUGUAUACGAUUUUCUGAAUCGUCUUUUCUCUGACAGAGACAUCAUUCCAUUACCAGCACAAAAAACCUUAGGUCCGUUGAUUGCUCGUCGUCGGACACCAAGUAUUCAAGAACAGUAUGCCAAGAUUGGUGGUGGAUCCCCAAUUAAAAUGUGGACAGAAAAGCAAGGCGAAGGAAUGGUGAAAAUACUCGAUCAGAUAUCUCCAUCAACAGCACCGCAUAAAUAUUAUGUUGGUUUUCGUUAUGUUAAACCAUUAACUGAAAUGGCAUUGGAUGCCAUUGAAAAAGAUCGCCCUCGACGCGUAGUGGCUUUUACACAAUAUCCUCAAUACAGUUGUUCAACAACGGGCAGUAGUUUAAAUGCUAUUGCUCGAUAUUACAAUUCCAAGACGAAGAGCUCGAAAACAGAUCUAAAUAGUUCUACUUCUUCUGCUACUCAAUCGCCAUACAACAAUCCAGAAUGGAGUGUGAUUGACCGUUGGCAAACACAUCCCGGUUUUAUUCAAGCAUUCGUUGAAAAUAUCAAAAGCGAAUUGAAUAAAUUUCCAGCAGAUAUUCGAAAUGAUGUUGUUAUUCUAUUUUCAGCGCACUCAUUACCAAUGAGCGUAGUUAAUCGCGGCGAUCCAUAUCCAGCUGAAGUUGCUGCCACUGUCCAAGCAGUAAUGGAAUCCCUCAAUUUUUCCAAUCCAUACCGACUUGUUUGGCAAUCUAAAGUUGGGCCCAGUGCUUGGCUCGGCUGUGCAACAGAUGAUGCCAUUAAAGGCUUAGCAAAGAAUAAUCGUCGACAUAUCCUUCUCGUUCCCAUAGCAUUUACAAGUGAUCAUAUAGAAACUUUACAUGAAUUGGACAUCGAAUAUUCUCAACAUCUUGCUACGAGUGUCGGUGUUGAAAUGAUUCGUCGGUGUUCGUCAUUGAAUGACAGUCCUCUCUUUAUCAAAGCUAUGGCAGAUAUUGUUCAUAAACAUUUGCACAGUCAGCGUCGUCAUACAAACCAGUUACCACUUCGGUGUCCCGGUUGUGUCAAUGCUUCGUGUGAACAGAUGCGCAAAUUUUUCUGUCCGUCAUCUUAA